AUGGCUCGCCUUCUCGGACUCGUCGCCUUCGCCGCCGCCGCCAUCGCCACCGGCACCGGCCAGUGCGACUCGGACAACUGCGCCCGCGCCGUCACCGGCACCCGUCGCGGCGACGCCUUCUUCACCGCCGCCCAGGGCGACUGCAGCCGCUUCAUGCAAAAGACCAUUACCGCUCCCGCCGUCACCGUCACCUCCACCGUCGCCCCUCCGUGGUACGCCACGGCCUGCUCUGGCACCGUCCGCUAUGCUAGCGCCUGCUCCUGCUGGGGCAUCCCUGGCGAUGCCGUUACCGUCACUCCGACCACCACCAUCACGACCACUAUCGACGCCGCCCCUACUACUAUCUAA